AUGGUGUUGUCUCCAAGAAUAUCCAAAAAGGACCCCGAGAUCCAUCCAGUCACAUCACAAAUUCGAGUGGAUGACUUGCACAUUCAGUCGGUGAUUUCCAACCAAUCCAUUGUGUUGAAUGUUGACCAUUACGUGAACGCCGAUGAGGCCAUGAUCUUGGCCAUGGGUUAUAAGCAAGAGUUCAAGCGUGAGUUCUCACUUUUGUCUAUUUUCGCCGUUUCUUUCUCUGUCUUGGGUUUGCUUCCCUCGGUCGCUGCAACUUUCGACUAUUCUCAAUUGGUGGUUGGUGCAUCUCCAUUGCCAUGGAUCUUAGCCAUGAUCGGUGUUACAUCGGUGGCAUACUCUAUGGCAGAAGUUGCUAGUGCAUUCCCAACCUCCGCUGGAACUCCUUAUGCGGUGUCGCAAUUGGCUCCAAAAAAAUGGGCACCGUUCUUGACCUGGCUUUGUGCUUUUUCCAACUGGCUCUGUCAGAUCACAGCAGCACCCUCUGUCAACUAUUCCGGUGCCUGGUUGAUGUUUUCGUUGGGUUCCUAUACCACGGGCUUCGUCCCCACCACUGGCCAAGUGUACGGAUUGGCUACGGGAAUUAUGGUGUCCCACGCUUUUAUUUCGUCCUUGCCAACAAAGUACUUGGCACAAUUUAACAAUUUGGGAACUGCCAUCAACAUGGUCUUCUUGGUGAUUGUUUUUGUUAUCAUCUUCGCUGGAAACGAUAGAGUAAACAUGUACAAUGGAACCAUUCCCAAAUUCAACUCGAACAGCGAGGCAUGGAGAUUUGAUAACCAGUCGGAGUUUCCAACUGGAGUGGCUGUAUUGGUAUCGUUUCUUGGUGUCAUUUGGGCCAUGUCUGGUUACGAUUCGCCCUUCCAUUUGUCAGAGGAAUGUUCCAAUGCUGCAGUGGCCGCACCUAAAGCUAUUUGUCUUACUGCCACCGUGGGAGGAGCCGUGGGUUUCUUAUUUAUGAUCGCCAUUGCCUAUACCGUGGUGUCUUUGGAAGGCGUGGCCGAGGAUCCUUUGCAAUUGGGUCAGCCAUUCGUUACAUAUUUGGCCCAGAUCAUGCCAAAAAAGCUCGUUUUGGUGUGUACAGCCUUGACUGCCAUUUCGUCCUGGUUUAUGGGUUGCUCGUGUAUGUUGGCAGCUUCCAGAGUGACGUUUUCCUAUUCCAGAGACGGAAUGUUCCCAUUCUCCAACAUCUGGUCUAAAGUGGACAGCAGAACGCAGACUCCAAUUUAUGCUGUAUGGAUCAACAUGAUAUUGGGUCAGCUCUUUUUGCUUUUAAUGUUUGGCGGAGACACUGCUAUUGGUGCCAUUUUCUCUGUGGGAGGUAUCUCUUCGUUUGUCUCGUUCACCAUGCCAACACUUUUGAAGAUUACCUACGCUCGCAACACCUUUAAGCCUGGACCAUGGAACUUGGGUAAGCUCUCCAUGCCAAUUGGUGCGCUCUCGUGUGCAUUUGUGUUAGUAAUGAUUCCAUUUUUAUGUUUCCCAACUGUGAAGGGUGCCGACUUGACCCCAGACCAGAUGAACUGGACGGUGUUGGUGUAUUUCGGACCCAUGUUGAUUGUCACCAUCUGGUUCAUGGUGGAUGCUCACAAAUGGUAUGUUGGCCCUAGACCUAACAUUGAAGAGUACAUUAAUCACGAGGAGGUUUUGGAUGGAGUGAGAAAUGAUUCAACGGGUCUGGAAGAACAGGAGAAGUCUUGA